GCGGGCGUGUGCCAGUAGUUGCACCAGAAAAGAGCAAAGGAAGAAGACCUUCCGUGUCUGCUACACAAAUCGACAUGGCUGGGACUGCUCUUCAAAUCGACGCUCGCGAAACGGGCACCGAUUCCAGUAUCGAAAUUCGUUGAACUUGCUUAUGAUUUUUGUUGUAGCGCGGAUUAUAUACACGGCAUGUCGUGGUUAGUUAUAAAUAUUUAUAAGAAGAAAUAGGUACUGUGGAGACGUGGCGUAGUUUCAAACUCCAACAUCAUGCCUACAGGUACAGUGACACAGGUGGUGGUUCCUAACGCAGAUGCUCGAGAUACCGAGAUGACAGAAGUCGAGAUGGUGCAGUCAGCCUCUUCUGCGACUACGGGAAUAACUGCUGCGCCUGCUCUUGCUACCACGAUGACGGAACAGAAGGUGCAAACAGGACCAGCUCCAGUGAAUAUUGUUGGUGAUGAUAUUGUCCCAGGCUUAUUGCCGAACGGCUCCAUAAUAAUACGAAUACCUCCAGAGGGGCACAGCAUGAAAAUUAGUAGAGAAACUAAUCUAAAGGCGUUGUCUGAUGACGAGACGACGAUCGUGACGAAUGGCACAAAGCCGACCGAAGAAGGAGUGUUGACCUCGGAAAACGAGAGCGAAAUGGAUCUUGGUGAGUGCAGUCGUUACAGUCAAUGCGGGAAAGCACAACGGAAAGAGGAGCCUGAAGGGGAUUGCUCUUUGAUCCAGUCAUUACGCAUGAAGGACAGUGAUGUUAUAGAUAUUGUCGCGAGCAGAAAGGUCGAGACUGACGUGGCUCUGAGUCGAUCGCGAUCAAGUAGACAAAGACGCCCUUGGCAAUCUAAAUCUUCCGACCGGCAUGAUGCUGGGCAACGUUCUGAUCUGCUUACCAGAGCUGCCGACUCCAUUAUGGAUCUUUACCUUAUUUGUAACUAAGACUCUUCUCUUGCUCUUCUGUGCUCUUCGUUGAAAUCAAAAUGAAUUGGUUAACAACAAAAACGCCACUUGCUUCAGCGAUGUUGUGGUUCCUCCAUUUCGUUAAUAGCAUUAAAAGUCGUCGGUCUUUAAGACAUACAAUGACAAAGAUAGAGCUUAGUUUUCAGACACUUGUAGUUCUCGAGAGCGGCGCUAACGCUCGGAAAAAGGACGGCUUGCCGCGACUGGCGCGAUACCCGCAAAACACCUACUCACUGCUCCGAGAUUUUGACACAGGAAAAGCAAUGCACAAACGACGAGAGAAAACAAGUGAUGAGAAGUCAUCUGAAGACCCUUCGGAAAUCGGGAAUUGUGGGAAAGUGCACCAGUUGGAGCCUCACAGCAGAUUUGAUCCAGAGUUGCGUGGGAUACGCGUCGCGGAAAAUACCUCGCCUGCGGUUCGGCCGAUGCAGGAGCCGGUGAAAGAUCUACCCGAUGGCCCUGCUGAUGACACUGGCGCGAGUAUGCACUUGCCCGAUUACGAGGACCAGCCUGAAGAUGAUGCGAGCCCGCACUUUAAUAUCGUGGAUCGAGGCGUAGCAUUUCUCGUAGACAAGACAAAGCGACUCCACCAGCGUGAAAGGAAGAAAGCGCUCGCUGAACAACCUGGAGCAACAUUGAAUGCAGGCAAGCAUCGGAGCGGGAUCAACAGCAUGGCCUUGGAGUCAAAGAGCAAGGAGACAGCAACCUCCGGGGCAGCGACGUCUUUUGCGUCUAUGUCGAUCACAAGAAAGCGCUCUAGCACGGCAGCCCUGGAACGAACAGCAUCAGACGACAAUGACACUCUAAAAGAUGCGACUGCAGAGGCUUCUGCGCCUCGUCAUCUUGGAAUCGAGUCUGCAAAUGCAGAUCCACCGGACCGAACUGGCGCUGCUUCUCCUGCUCAUUUCCAUGCGCCAUUUGUCGCCGCGUCGUGGCCAACGAUUGCUGCACCUGUGCACGUUGAGGACGCAGGGUCCCCCAGCUUCGGCGCCUCUCGUCAGAGCGAUGCGGGGGCAACCUCCUUCGCAGCCAAGCCAAUCGAUCCUGCUCUUGUGGCAAUAAUUAUCGCGGCUGAGCAGCCAAGAGAUGCCGCUUCUACGGCCAUCCCGAGCACACAGAGUUCAAGUGAUGACGCACUUGCGACAAGCACUUGCGAAACACACUUGCGCAUACGUGUCCAAAGUGCUUCUGCGCCUGGCCACAUGCCCCCAGUGAGUACUACCAGAUCGUUUCCGUCCUCGUCCGCGUUUCCUCCUGCAUUGCGCGCGAUGCCUCAUCGGCAGGCAAAAGGUGAGCGUGUGCCAGUACCACCAGAAAAGAGAAAAGGCAGAAGGCCUUUCGCAUCUGCUUCACAAAUCGAAACGACCGGGACCACUGCUCCUCAUAUCGACGAUCACGAAGCGGGCGCCGAAUCUAGUAUAGAAGUUCGUUGGCCUUGGCCUCGCUUGUGAUUUCUUUUGUUAAUAGUUGGGUCACUUUUAUAUGUGUGGCAUGAUGUAGCUAUAUAAAUACUGGCUUAUGAAUGUUGAUGCUCAGCGACACAUUUUCUGGCUGCUAAUGCAGAUGCCCGAUAUACCGAGACGACACAAGUCGAAGUGGUGCAGUGGGCCUCCUCUGCGUGUUCGACUAUGGGAAUAACUGCUCCGCUUGCUCUUGCCACCACGAUGAAGAAAGAGAAGGCGAAAACAGAACUGUCAGUGAAAAUUGUUGACGAUGACACUGCGCCAGGCUUAGUGCCGAAUGGUUUCGAUGCCGAGGACUCUGGGCAGGCAGGUGAGGGCACGGAUCCGAUGAAGACAGAAGCCGCAAUCAGGGGCGACUAUGAUUAUGUGGGCUUCGGUGAAGACCUUCCGCCGUCGCAGGUUUCCAUGGGGGGUAGCGAGUGUCCGGAUAAUAUUCGCUUCGCAGCGGAGGCCGGCGAGAAAAGGGAACACGAGAAAAGUACGCACGUGGGUUUGGCACCAGAUGUCUUCGAGGUUGGCAGACCGAGGACUCCGCAGGCCGAGCGGCGGGGGGGCACUACCUUCGUCGCACGUGAAGACUCCGUGGAUAGAAACCGGAAGACAGAAAUAUCGCAUCAGAUAAUACCUACGGACGGGCACAGUAUUAAUAGAGAACAUGGUCUCAAGGCGUUGUCUGAUGACGAGAUGACGAUCAUGACGAAUGGCACAAAGCCGACCGAAAAAGGACUGACCUCGGAAAACAAGAGCGAAAUGGAUCUUGGCGAGUGCAGUCGUUGCAGCCAAGGCCGGAAAGCACAAAUGAUAGAGGAGCCUGAAGGGAGUCCUCCCUUGAUCCAGCUACUACGCACGAAGGACGAGGAUGAUAUUGCAGCGAGCACGAAGCCCGAGGCUCGGACCCGAUCGCGAUCACGUACACAAAGACGCCCUUGGCAAUCUUCUGAGCAGCAUGAUGCUGGGGCUUGUGGGCGACGUGCUGACCAGCGUACCAAAGAUGCCGACUCCAAAAUUAUUGAUCUUAAGAAGUGUAACUACUUUUCUUUUUUACUACUCGUUGAAAUGAAAAUGAAUUGUUUAACAACAAAAACGCCACUUGCUUCAACCAUGUUGCAGUUCCUCCAUUUCGUUAAAAGCAUUACAAGUUGUCGGUGUUUACACAAUGACAAGGAAAGAGUUUAGUUUCCAGACGUUUGCAGUUCUCGAGAGCGGCUCUAAUACUCGGGAAAGGAAUGGCUUGCUGCGAAAGGUGCAAUACCCGGAGAAUGCCGAGCCACUUCGUCGCGAUUUCGACACAGGCAAAGCAACGCACCAACGACGAGGGACGAAAACAAGUGACGAGAAGUCAUCUGAAGACGCUAUGGAAAUCGAGGAUAGCGGAAAAGUGCACCAGUUGGAGCCCCACAGCAAUUUUGAUCCAGAGCUGCGUCUGGGACACGUCCCGGAGGAUACCUCUUCGACGGGCCGGCCAAUGCGGCCGGUGAAGAAUCUACUCGACGGCCCUGCUGAUGACACUGGUGCGAGUAUGCACGUGCUUGAUUACAUGGACCAGCCCGAAGAUGAUGCGGACUCACCUUCUCCUCAGCUGAAGCACUUUAGGGUGGAUUCAGUCGCGGCAUUUCCCGCAGACAAGCCAAGAAAGCAACUUCACCAGCGUGAAAGGAUGAAGUCGCUCGCUGCACAACUUGGAGCAACAUUAAAUGUAGGCGAGCAUCGGAGCGAGUUGAAACGCCUGGCCUUGGAGUCAAACAGCAAGGAAGCCGCGAUCCUAGGCGCAACGACGAAUUUUGCAUCUACGUCGACCACAAGAAAGCGCUCUACCACAGCAGUCCUGGAACGAGCAGCAUCAAGCGACGAUGACACUCUGACACAUGCGACUGCAGCCGCUUGUGCGCCUAGUUCUCUUGGAAACGAGUCUGCAUAUGCAGUGCCACUGGAUCGAACUGAUGAACUACAGACGGUCUCUGCACGUGCAGGUGCUGGCGCUGCUUUUUCUGCUCAUUGCAAUGCACGCUUUGGCACUGCUUGCUCGCCGACGAAUGCUGGACCUCUGGAAGUUGAUGACGCUCGGUAUCCCAGCUCCGGCGCCUCUUGUCGAAGCGAUGCUGAGGCAACCUGCUCGUCCUUCGCAGCCAAGUCAGUCGAGUCUGCUCUUGCGGCAACGGCUAUCGCAGUUGAGCAAACCGAUGCUGCAUCUGCGACAACCCCGAGCACACAGUGUUCAAGCGAUGGCGCACCUGUGACAACCACUUGCGCACACGAGCCGAACCAUGAAGCCUUCGAAGCAACUGUUAACGCAGCUGAGUCGGACGAUGUUGCGCCUGCGGCAACAAUUAUUGCCGUCCGAGGUGUAAACGACGAUGCUACGCCUGAAGUAACUACUGAAGCGCCGGGCUCCAAUGCAGAUGCUGAAAACAUGCCCUCGAGCAAAGAAAAAGAUGAUAUGCUCGUUUCAAGCGAUGGCACACUCGAACAAAAUACCAGCGUACCGGUUUCGAGCAAUGCUGCGCCAGUGCAAAUCGUGAGGCCUCCAGGCUUAAGAAAUGAUGCACCUGCGUCACGCACAGAAGCGCACUCUUUAGCCGAUGAAGCACCUACAUCUGGCGUGAUGGAUGGUGUACAGGUCACCGAAAAAUCAGUCGAGUUAUCACCAAAAAUUGCGCCAAAAACGCCGGUAAAUGAAGUCGUGGAAGUUUCUGAUUGCUCUGACGAAGAAGAGGACGGCAAACAAAGUAAGCAGGUCAGAGCUGCGUCUCGCAAGGUAGACGAGGACGAAAAUCAAGACGAUCGGAGUUCGAGGAGGCAACUUCUUGAAAUCGGAAUGCAAGAUGAAGAGGAAGAAGAGGCGUCGACUUCUGGCGCGCUAAGGCCUGUGCUGAGUGAUGCGCAGCGAGAAAUGGCGGAUGAGAUGCUCGCAGUGUACCAAAAUAUACCUAACGGCAUGGAAAAGAUCCAGGAUGAUGAUCAUUGGACGAAGAUCGAUCUCCGAGUAAACGACAUGCGAACGCUUGCUCCGCGCGGGUGGCUGAACGACAACGUGGUCGAUUGUUACCUGAAGAUAGCACUGCGCGAUAUUUUGGGCACAGAGGUGGUCGACAAAAAAGUUCUCUGCUGGAACACCCAGUGGUGGAUGCGGAUAAGCGGCGAGGGGAAGGGUCUUAUGGCAAUGGAAGUAAGCAAAAGCAAUGUCUCUCGAGAGGUCGUGAGAAAUUUGGCCUAGAAGUUAGAGUGUAUUCGAAAGAUCCUCCUGCGUGCCUCUACCUGCAUGAAUACAUCAUUCCGAAUCGGGGGAAGUUUCACCUUCCCGGUGAGAAAUUUGGACCUACAUUAUUUAGUCUUGCUUUUUUACUCGAGUGAGUUUUACAUUGAUUGAGCGGGACUUUGUAGUACUACUGACUGGUCUAAGAAAAAGAACACCGGAGAGCCGCAGUAUUGUUACGCAAACGUGAAGCGGUGGCCUCUGCGUCGGAAAGCAGACAUCUUCGCAUUAGACUUGAUGAUUGUGCCUCGCGGCUCUGGAACGCAUUGGUCAUUGGGCGUUGUGGACUUUCGGCGCAAGCGUUUAAUCCACAUUUGCUCGCUAGGACUCAGGAAUACCCUUUUUAUGGAGGUGGUACGCCGAUACUUAACGGAUGAGUGGAAGGACAAGAAAAAUGGCGAAGGCGCCUUCUCUUUUGACGGAUGGACAGAGCUCUACUCUAGUGACUUCGAGAAAGAGCUGGGCACGCGAGUUCCGCUGCAAGACAACGACUUCGACUGUGGUAUGUUCACGAUUUUGUAUGCGGUUCAAGUUGCGGAGCAGUAUCGUGACCGGGGAACCGAGCGGGGGCCCAGUUUCCGCUUCACCUUUUCACAGCAGCAAAUACAUGACUACCGUCGUAAAUGCUUGCUAGAGCUGCGAGGCGCAGCCGUGGCCAAAAGCUGCCCCUUUUCCAUAAUUGAACUAGUUCAAAAAUAGUUCAAUCGUUCAAUUUCGUACAAUGUGAUAGAAAGGCAACUUCUAUGAGUCCAAUCAAGUAAGAACGUUAGAAACAGCUCCUCUCGUGUGUGAUAUCAAUCGAAUCAAUAUAUACAUGAGCGAGACAUCCGCAGCAUUCGUAUCGUAAAUGCAGGCUUUUCGCGACAUGAGUCGAGUAAUAACAAACAAAAGUUUGUUAUGAGCAAUAACAAACACAAGUUUGCUAUUAAAAAACUCCAAGAAUAAGAAAGAAUAGCGUCAUUAUGAUUAUUUUCCAACAUGUUCGCUUAGAACUGGACAGAGUGCACAGAGGAACACCAAGUGAACAAGCCGGACGCUCAAAAUGAGACGAAUCAGUGCAGGAAAUUGCCAGCACACCCAAAUAACCUUAAUACUGAUAUGUGCGUAUGCGUGAGUGAUGUGUCCGUGACCGUAUCGGAAAUCCUCCUUGGACAGAAUCGACAUGAGUGGCGUGGUGCGUUCUUUCACUUUCUUCAGCACAGACUGACAGUGUCAAGUGAAGUCGCUGUUAAAAAUCCACACAGUAUCGCAUCCGCCAUGGAUUUCGGAGGAAUUAUUAUCUCAGCUUUUGAAAGAUAUACUUCGCCUUUGUUGAGAAAAUUGC